CCCAUCCACACCGCGUCCGCCCGCCCUCUGCCCUGUCUGUGGUGGUCACGAGUCGCAAGGGGUCGGUGAUGCCCGCUGUUGUCGUGAGCCGUGCGGUGAUUCUGCGUGAUUUCGGCCCCGAAUUUGUGUUUGUUUUGCUGUGUUGUGAGCUCCUUACGAUGUGAUUGAGUGAGAAUCGUAGAGAAUCCGUUUGACUGUUUGUUAUUUUUUUUCCUUCUGUUUUCGUUUAUUAUCAGUAGUGUUGUCGUUGGCCUUUUCAUGUCUGAGGGUGGAAAGGUUUAGGUAUCGCUACACUUUUGCUGCUUUUUAAGAACAGAAUGACCUUGUUAAUAUAGACUUGAACAAAUAACACGAGGCAUUAAGAGUGAAGGUUAUUUAAUAGGGACUUUAAAUUCUUGAAAAAGGAAGGCUGAUAAAAGGGAGAAGGAGGAGAAAGAUAUUACCUUAAAAAAAGAUACACAAUAGCAACGACAUAACACUGAAAAGUUACGAACGCACGGAAGAAAGAAAGAGAGAGAGAGAAAGACAGAAAGAAAGAAAGAAAAAAGCCCUGGGUAACACCGACAAAAAAUACUGAACAAUUAACCAGAAAGAAGAGGGGAUCCGAAGAGACACCUUAAUACCCCGAAAGCCUCCUGAAGGCGUCCGAGAUGGGGAAACUGAAGGGCGUGCGGGCCGGGAUGGUCGUGGUGGUGGCGGCGCUGACGGUGAUCGGCGGAAGCGUGCGCGUGGCGGCCGGCUCGGCAUGCCUCCCCGCCGACGAAAUCGCGCCUUGCACUUGCAAGGAGAAGUCAAGAGGACCGAGCCUGGUGUGCGAGAACGUGGACGAGAAGGCGAUCCAGAAGAGCCUGAGUGUGCUGAAGAAGGGCUCGAGUGCCAUCUACAGGCUGAUGUUCCGCAACAGUGACUUCCCUCGCAUCCAGGACUACUUCUUCCUGGGCCUCAACGUGCAACAUCUAACCAUGAGUAGGAGCAACAUCAGCGUCGUGGAGGAAUCCUCUCUCAGGACCUUGGCUGGCACGCUGGAGACCCUCGAUCUUUCUUACAAUAAUUUGCAUACGGUCCCGACGGCGGCGCUGGAGCAUCUGCAGAGCCUUUCGUUCCUGAACCUGAACUACAACAUGAUCAAGAUCCUGGGUCAGGCGGCCUUCUCGGGACUAAGGAAAUCAGCAUAUCAGGAAAAAAGCUUUGCAGGGACGGGGGACAAGCUGUUCCGCCUCAACCUCGGCAAGAACCACCUGGUGGGGAUUCCCAACCUCCAGGCUCUGACCAAGCUGCAGGUGCUGACUCUGAGUGAGAAUCAGAUUUCGGAGAUAAUCGUCGGGGAUUUCAAAGGGCUGGAAAAACUGGACAUACUGAUGGUGGAGAACAACCACAUCCGGGAACUCGGGGCCAACGUCUUCAUCGAGCUUCCGUCUCUGAAUUCGCUGAACAUCAAACAUAACGACAUCAGUAACAUCAGCGAACAUGCCUUUGCCGGCCUCGAAGACAACUUGGAGUGGCUGGAGCUGGGGCACAACAGGCUGGACCACGUUCCCUCGCACGCCCUCAAGUCUCUCCACAACCUACGGCAGCUCGACCUCGAUUCCAACAAGAUCGUGACUAUUCCCGAGGACGCCUUUGAGGGCUACGGCGACAGUAUCAAGUUUCUGAUGUUGAGCAGGAAUAACAUCAAAAGUAUCGCGCCCAUGACCUUCUACAACCUGCACUCUCUGGAAUGGUUAAAAUUAUCCCACAACGAACUCACGAGCUUGACUGAGGAAACUGUGCAGUCCAUCCUCGAUACUGUUACUAUGAUUGAUGUGUCUAACAACCAGCUGGAGUGUUCGUGUGACUUGAUGUGGCUUCGUUCGUGGCUGCGCGACUUCGCCAAGCGGGAAACCUACAAGUCGUUCGCGAAACACAACUGCAUUGCGGCCAGUAUGCGAACGGUGGAUAUUACGAACCUUAAGAUAGAAGAACUAGGAUGCCCUGAGUACAUCGCGAAGACUGUGAAUUCCGUCAAGAAAACUGCUGUAGUGCCUGUCUUGGCAACACUUCCAGCACUUUUUCUGUCGCUUAUUUUGUAGUACAUAAGUGUACUUUAUCUGUACCUACUUAUAUUACAGCCUUCAGGACCAAAUUGCUUAGAGUAAUGAUUCGAUAACCCUGAAAUGAUUCGUUCUUUUCACUUAAAGAACACGUCAACCUGAUAUUGUCGAUUGUUGCUUAACACAGUUUACAGUAGAGAUUUUAUAUAGAUAUAUAUAGUAUUAGGACAUAAUACAGAUUUAGCUUAUAUCACUUCUUUAUACAAUACUAUCUUACUUUACAAUUAUUUUUUUUAGCUUGUUUUUAUUAUUUUUUUCAUUGCAUUUGUAAAACGUAUUUGUAUUUUCACUGCAUGAGCAUCAUUAUAUUUUAAGUGUAAAAUGGAAAGAGUUUGAUAUUACAUUUGAAGAAUGACAUACAGGAUAGGAAUUUGAUUAUUUAGAGAGAAAGAGAGAGAGAGAGAGAGAGAGAGAGAGAGAGAGAGAGAGAGAGAGAGAGAGAGAGAGA